AUGAAUUUGUCAAAAGGUAUAGUAUAUUCGAUAUUAAAAAUACUAUUUGUAGUAAAAUGGGGUUUAGAAUGCGUUGGAGUAAAAUGGUAUUUAGGAGUCACAAUAAAGUCAGACGAUUAUUAUAUGAAAUAAUCGAUAUUUAAUAUCUAAACACAACUUUAGGAUUUGCUUAAAAGUAGUUUUGAUGAUAACAUUUCUGAUGAACUAAAUAAAAUUUAAGAAAAAGUAGAUUAUUGUGACAAUAAAAAGAGAAGGAGAAGAAAAAACGUGAAAAAAAUAAAACAAGAAAAUAACAAAAAGGAUUAAUAAGAUUAUAAUAAUGAAUAUAAAGUUUAAAUUAACGAAUCAAAAGAUAAUAAAAAAGAGUCGAACCAAAAUUAAAAGCAAUAGCAUCUAGCCCAAAAAGAUGAUCAAAAUAAAUUAGAAAAUAAAAUAAAAUAAAAUAAAGCAGUUUAAUUAAAUUAAGAAUAAACAUAGAAACUAUCAUAAAGUAAAAACAAUGAAAAAAAGGUAAAAUGAUAAAGAAAAAAUGUGUGUCGGUGGAUAGGAGAUGAAAUAAAAUGAAUGAACAAAUAAUUUUAAAAAGUUAUAAAAUAGAUAAUCAUCAUCCAAUAAUACUGACAAAUAAUCGAAAUAAUCAUCAAAUUAAAAUAAUCAAUAAUAGUCAUCAUCAUCAAAUAAUAACUGUGGAUAAGAAACAGAAAAAUAAUCAAAUUAAAAUAAUAAAUAAUCAACAUUAUCAUCAAAUUCUAAUAAAGAAUAAUCAAUAUCAUCACCAAAUUACAAUAAAUAAUCAACAUCAAAUUCUAAUCAUGGAUAAUNUAAUUUUAAUUGUCAAUUUAAUAUUAAGUUAUAAAAUAACAAUAAUUUUUAUAUUCAAUUAGAGAUGAAAUAAUUUUACCAAGAUUUUGGAAGCCUAAUGUAUAAAAUUCAGAUGAAAGUUGAUAAUGAUUCAUAAGAAGGUUGAUUACAUCUUUGUUAUAAAAAGCCUUUUGCAAUAAAUGGGAUAGAAUUGAAAAGAUUAUUUUAAUUAAAAGUGAAAAAAUAAUAGAUAAUUUAAUCUGUUGGAAAUUUAACAGGAAAAAUAUAUGAAAAUGAUGUCAAUGUCAUUCUUUUUAAUUAUGAUAAUAAAACUUUUACAAGUCAUUAUCAAAAUUUGUUAUUAAAAAAAUUUUUCCAAAAAAUUUUGUAGAAAUAUUUGAAAAAACACAAAGAAUAUUGUUUAUCAUUCAGCAAACAGAUAUUGAUCUUAACUUCCUCAAAAAUUAAUGUAGAAAUUAUCAGAUACUAAAUUUACAACAAUUUUUGAAAAAUUUGAUUCAUUGAAUUUUUCAAGAUUUAAAAUUCAAUUUAAAGAUCUAAAAAUAACACCUAAUCUUGGAAAAGUUAUAGUCCUGUUUUCAUAAUGAUAAAAGAAGAAGAAGAAGAAGAUAAAAAGUUUGCUUCAAAUACUUCUCUAUUAUUCUAUAAUUGAAAUACAUAUAUUGGAAAAGGGUUAGUUAAAAAUAAAAACUUUAUGUAUUUUUUAACAGAAAUCAAUUUAACUUACAAAAUUGA